AAGUUAUAUAGUCUGCACACCUGCAGGUCUAAACAGGUAGAUCUACUCGUUGCAGUUGAUGGGUGUCCCGGAGCACAAAUGUGUUAAAAUUAUUUACCUUUCAGAAGAAUUAGGAAAUUUAGCCAAACAUCAUCAUGGGACUUGAAGUUUGAUCAAAACUUUUACAAUGUCAGCUGGAAAGUGACAGAUUAUUCAACAAAGACAGAGGGAAGUUCAUCAUGUGAUCGUGAAUCCCAGGGCAGGAUAAAUAUGGACCAUGUAAGUGAACAAUCUGAAGUGUGGAACGGUAAACCUGGAUUCAUCAUCACAGUAACCCUGUGACAUCAGUGAUCGUGAGGUAGUUAUUUUACAGUGUUUUUACAUUACUAUACGUUAAUUUACAAACAUAUACCACUGGAUUGGACAGCGACGUUUUUAUUCCUUUACAUUAAACAAUAUGUGUGACAGUGUUAACUGAUAAUGAUAUGUGCAUAUAAGAAAAACAAACAUCUUCAAGAUAUCAACAAAUAAUUGAGCUCUUCAUCAAAAUGGCAACCCCUAAAAGCCAAAUGCCUCUCCGAAUGAAAGGUCAAACGACCUGUAGUUAUCAUAAGGGGAGACAACUGGACUUUUUCUGUGAAAAAUGUCGUGAACCGGUCUGUCCAAAAUGCCUUUCUUCUGUUCACAAAGGUCACAUUGUAUGUGAGAUAAGUGAAAUCACUCCACAGAAAGAACCAGACAUUAAAAACUUCAUAGACAGAACAGAAAAAAAUGACCUUGAAGAAAUUGGGAAACAUAUCAAAUCUACUGAUACGCUCCUUAAAGACAACACCAGUACUUUUGAGAAGCUGUCACAAAAAUUAACAAUGCAAACAAAUAAAUUAAAACAAGAACUGGACAUGCUUACAGAACAGACACUCUCUCUUUACCACAAAAUGGAAGAGGAUAAUACCAAGCUGAUAAAGAAAUACAAACAGGACCUGGAGAUGUACGAGAAGCAACUCAAACAACAAAUUCAGGAGUGUAAAGCAGCUCUCCAGCGUGGUUCACACAUACAGAUUUAUGAUACAUUUUGUGAGAUCCACUCUCCUACACACAGUCUCCCUGUAAAACCUGUCCUGGGUACUGCCAACUUCACUCCAAAUGAAAAUUCUCAAGAUCACUUGAAACAAGCCUUUGGCAAAGUUACCACCUCAGGUCAAGAUCAAACUUUAACUGACCAGGAUUGGUCAGUCUCAACAUCUGAUGAUCUGGGACAACCCUCUACACAACAACAACGGUCAGGAGCAAAAGUGAAGAAAGCAGUGACAACAUACAAACUACUGCCACAGACCAAGGUAGUGGAGGAAUGGAGGUCUCCAUGUCACAUUGGUUCUAUAUGUCCCACCACUGAUGGUCAGAUGUGGACCAGGGCCAGUGGUGACACAUUAACUCUCCUGGACAGGAAGGGUAAAGUAAUACAGGAGAUCACACACAAUGACUAUAUCUAUAACAUCAGUCUGUCACCCACCACACACACACUGUGGGUCUGUGAUUAUAAAAACAACAUCAUGGAGCUGGUAUCAGGACGACUGACACACAGAUUCAGUACCAAGGAGGAACCCAGGUGUAUAUGUGUUACAGCCAAUACCCAUGUCAUUGUAGGGAUGCCCAAACACAUCUCCAAAUUUACCACAGAUGGUAAAAUGGUGUGUACUACAAUGACUAAAGGGACUGGGAAACCAUUAGUGUGUACACCACACAGGAUCUCAGAGUGUCCUGUCACUCACAAUGUGGCAGUCGCUGAUUUCAGUAGUGAAAGUGAUGGUGGUGAUGGAAAACGACAUGUUGUUGUGAUGGACACUAAUUUCAAGGAGCUGUUUGUAUAUAGAGGUGACAUCCCCAGUACAUAUAAACCAACACCACAAACAGGAGGUCAACCAUUUAACCCCUGGGGUGUGGUGUAUGACAGUGUUGGGAACCUGAUCAUAGGGGACUGUAUCAACCGCAGGGUCCUACUCAUCAGUGGAGGUGGUGAGUUCCUCAGGGUCAUACACACAGACACAGGCCGUACAUGGGCUGUAGGUAUAGACAGGGAGGAUGUCCUGUGGGCAGUGUUUGAUACAUGGGAUAGCAACAAAGUCGCACUACUACAGUACAGCAGUGUGUGACUCCUGUAACCAAACAACUAGUGUAUCUAGUUACCAUGACAGUGACAUGGAAAUCAGAGACAAAGGAAACUUAUCAUGAUUACAAAUCAACUACAGAUUGUGUGACAUUCACAGGAAUAUAAGUAAAAUGUCUAGACUACAGAUUGUGUGACAUUCACA